UGAACAUGAGGUAGAGAGGAGUUGGGCGUGAAUGCAUUUGAGUAAUGCGGAAAGUGGUGUGGAAAGGCAAGAUGAGACGAGCAAGAUUCAAGAAUUUCUGGACUAAGGCCUAAAUAAAAGCCAAAAUAUCCAAGGAAAUACCCAAAUGACUUUCAGCAAAAAGACUCAUAAUCCAGAUGAGGCAGGGGAAAGGAUGCAGCGUCUGGUGCCAAUCUUAUCGGCACUGUAUCUUAUCUUAUCGCAGAAAAAAAGUCUGCCCCGCGAUCAACACCACAGAAAUUCCCAUCACCGCCCAAACCCCACCUCAGCAUCCGAAGCCAAAGACGAGACCCAGUCCCACAAACCCGAUUAACAAAACCGAGCAACGAUUGUCCCGCUUUUCACAAAAUCAGCAGCCGGAAGAGCGACCUGCGACAGAUCGAAAUAUUUCUCUCGCCCGUCCAUCUCCUGGACUCCAAACCGCCACCAUGGCAACCCCCCAGCCCGAAGCCGUCGCCGCCGCUGCGCCUGCACCCGCCGCUGCGACUCCGUCCUCCGCCGAGCCCGCCUUCAAGCCCAUCCACAGCCUCGUCCUCGACACCGGCCCGCUGAUCAAGAACGACCCCCCCGCCAACACCCUCCGCGCAAAGGCCGAGCAGCUCUACACGCUGCCCUGCAUCAUCUCAGAGAUCCGCGACGCCGCCACCCGGUCCCGCGUGGAGACUACCCUGCUGCCCUUUGUCACCCUGCGCUCGCCCAAGCCGGAGAGCGUCAAGUUCGUCACCGCGUUUGCCCGGAGGACGGGCGACUUGGCUGUGCUGAGCAGGCCCGAUAUCGAGGUUUUGGCGCUGGGAUACGAGCUGGAGUGCGAGCGCAAUGGCGGCGAUUGGAGGUUGAGGAACACACCGGGCCAGAAGACGUUGAAUGGACGGCCGAACCAGGACAAGCCUGAGGAGGCGAGUGCCGAGACCACGACAGAUAAGACCCAGGCUACGACAACCACAGAGGAAAACAAGACCACAGAGACCGCAGCACCCGUAGAAGGGGAGCCCGCGCAAGGCGAGGCAUCGCUGGAGGAGGGUGUACAACAGCUGUCACUAGAGGCGGAGAAGCCAGUCGUUGACGCGGUGGAGAAGGAUGCACAGGCAGCAGAGCCCACCCCUGUCGAGACACAACCCGAGGCCACCGUCGAGGAAGAGGAAGAGGAAGAAGACGACGGCGAAGCAUCCGACGACGAGGGCGGCUGGAUCACGCCCAGCAACCUCAAGAAGCACCAGGCCAAAGCGCCCGGCGCAGCAAUCCCCUCGCAGCCGCUCCAGAAGACGCUGCAGGCCGCCGUGCUAACAUCCGACUACGCGAUGCAGAACGUGGCGCUGCGCAUGAACCUCAACCUCGUGGCGCCCUCGCUGGCGCGCAUCACGCACCUCAAGAACUGGGUGCUGCGGUGCCACGGCUGCUUCACCAUCAGCAAGGACAUGAACCGGCAGUUCUGCCCGUCGUGCGGGCAGCCGACGCUCAACCGCGUCAGCUGCUCGACGGACGCGCACGGCAACUUCAAGGUGCACCUCAAGAAGAACUUCCAGUGGAACAACCGCGGCAACGUCUACAGCGUGCCCAAGCCCGUCCACGGCAGCUCCAACGGCCGCCUGGCCAAGGGCGCCGGCGGCCAGGGCAACUGGGGCGCCGGGCUGGUGCUCGCCGAGGACCAGAAGGAGUACACGCGCGCCGCCGAGGAGCAACGCCGCACGCGCAAGAAGGACAUUAUGGACCAGGACUACCUGCCGGACAUCCUGAGCGGUGCCAGGUCGGGGGCGGGCGGCAAGAUUCGCGUGGGAGCCGGUCGCGCCGUCAACUCCAAGCGGAAGCAUUGAUCAGCAACGGGAACGGGAAACGGGAAACGGGAAAAGGAAAAAAAGGAACAUAGAGAAUCGAU